AUGGAAUUUUUCAACAACAUUAAUUUAGAAGAAUACUUAUCACAAACAUUUCAAUAUCAAAAUGGUCUUAAUAUUAUGGAUAAUUUCCUUGAUACAAAUGUGCCAUCAAUGUCACCAUCGCCCACUCAUCGUUACUCCGUAGCAACAUCACCCGUUUCACCCUCAUCAUCUAUCGAAUCGAAAGGUACUUGCAAGGCAAAACGCAUACGUACAGCAUUCACCAGCAAGCAACUGAUUGAAUUGGAACGUGAAUUUCACAUUAACAAAUAUUUAUGCCGUCCUCGGCGCAUUGAAAUUGCCGAUCGUUUAGAUUUAACCGAACGCCAAGUAAAAAUUUGGUUUCAAAAUCGUCGCAUGAAGAGCAAGAAGGAUGCCUCUAAAACUCCAAAAGAUUACAACAAACUGCGUAGCUGCUCCUCAGCAUCUGCCCAGCAAUACAAUCAGAGUUCGGAAAAUAUACCUUUAUUUUUGGUUAACCCGGAAAAUUCAACUGUUAAACAAGAACCUUUGGAGACCUUAUUAAUUCCCAGUUUCAAUCAACAAUAUAAAGUAUCUCCACAGACAUCGCCCAACAGUCUUAAUGAAUCGACUUAUAUAAAUACCGAGCAACAAUAUCAAACUACAUUCAAUUCACCACCAGAAUCUAUGGAAUACUUGGGAUCAUCUGCGGAAUCUCUGUCUCAUAAUGAUUCCUUCUUCAAUACAACAUCUUCACUGUUUAAUGAUUACCAACCACUUCCUUCUUUCAAUGAUCAAAAAGAUAUUUUGGAUUACCUAAUGUCGGAUAAUUUGCCAAACGAACAGACUUCUGUGAAUGGCCUCAACAAUACAUUGUCCACCACCACCACGUCAUCAUCAUCAGCAUCUACAAAUUUUAGUUCUUUACAAUUUGACAUCGAUUUUGAUUUUGUACAAAAUCUCUUGAAUAUGUAA